CACCUUUACACAUCCAUGGUCAAAAUAGAACGAGUGAUGUCCCCUGGGCAAGGACUACAACCGGGGGUCAAAAUGUACGCGGCAGUGUUGAUUCGUAGCUGGUUGAGGACGCUUAAACACUAUUCAGCUCAAAAUACACCUUCAGUACUAGUCCAACAAUCUUCUAUAUCCUGCAAAAACCACAACUGGGUCAAACGAUAUACCACAAACAAAGGAUGCGCUAGUGUGGCGGACAAAAAUAAGUACAUUCUUCUUGCAAGUGGGGUUCUAGGAACCAGCCUCCUUGCUGUGGGAUAUAUGAGCUGGCGGUCACAUAAAAAAUCACUGAUCCAGACAGAAAACGUAACUAAAAGCGACUAUUUUUCACGGUUGACAACAGUGUCAGCAGAGUCUGGUAUAAAUACACCACUAUCAAAGAGAUUUAAUUUUAUUGCAGAUGUUGUUGAAAAGACUUCACCUGCAGUCGUCUACGUCGAAAUAAAAGAAAGACACCCUUUCUACAACAGACGACUGGCAACAUCAAAUGGUUCAGGUUUUGUGGUGCGUGAAGAUGGUUUAAUCUUAACCAAUGCUCACGUGGUAGGUAGCAAAUCAAGUGUGAGUGUGCGUUUUCAAGAUGGACGAGAAUUGGAAGGUUUUGUCAUGGCAGUGGACCCCGUCUCUGAUCUGGCAGCAGUGCAAGUUAAUGCGGCUAACUUGCCAGUGCUAACUCUAGGAAAAUCAUCAGAGCUACGUGCUGGGGAAUGGGUCAUUGCCAUGGGCAGUCCACUAGCUUUAAGCAACACUGUCACUUGUGGCAUUGUAAGCAGUGUGCACCGCCGUAGUCAAGAACUAGGAAUUCACCACAAGGAUAUGGAUUUUAUCCAGACAGAUGCUGUCAUAAAUUUUGGAAACUCAGGUGGUCCUCUUGUGAACUUGGAUGGCCUAGUAAUUGGCAUUAACACAAUGAAGGUUACUCCAGGAAUCUCAUUUGCUAUUCCUUCUGAUCGUGCUACAGAAUUCUUAAAUAAAGUUAAUGAUCUUCGAAAAAAAGGGGUUCCGACAGCACGAAAGUGGUUUGGCCCAGAUGUAAAUUCUAAGAGAAAACACUACAUUGGUAUCACCAUGUUGACAUUAACGCAAGACCUGCUGGAGGAAUUGCGUAAUCGAGUGCCAGAAUUCCCAGACAUUGCUUCAGGCGUCUUCAUUCAUAAAAUUAUCAUCAGCUCUCCUGCCCACAGAAGUGGAUUGCAUGCGGGAGACAUCAUAGUUGAAAUCAAUGGAAAGAACGUGCAGUCUUCUACAGAUAUCUACAAAGCAAUCAGUGAAGGAGGCACUUUGCAAGUCACAGUGUAUCGUGGUCGUAAGAGAAUGGAAUUUCAAGUUUUACCUGAAGAAAUCACAUGAUUUUAUACAAUUUGACACUUAAGCUGCAUCUUCGAUAGUUAGCUUAACCUAAAAAUAUAGGAGGUCCCAAAAGUCUUAAACUGAAAUAAUUCAUGUCUAGUUCUUACCACGUGGAAUGUUUUCAUUUAGGCACAGUGGAAUGGUCACUCAAAAUGCAAGUAAAUCUAAAUUGAAUAGGAGAAUAAUAUUGAAUGUUUGCAUUAUCACUGUGAUUUUCUCUGCAUUGUAAGCAUCUUAAAGAAAGUUUACUUUUGGUUAGUCAUAAUAAAAUUUAUUGAGGCAUUUUUUAAUAUAAAGUCUCUCCCUUUAACUUUUAAACAAUUGAGAGAAAAAACUAUUUUAUGUUCCUGUGAAUGUCAAGGCUGAAAUGUGGGUGGUGUCCUGUGAAUCUUCAUUUUGGUCCAUUCUUAUGACUUUGGAAUUUAAAAAAAAUGUCAUCACCUGUUUUAAAGUUCCAACAAAAAAAAAAAGUUCAGGAUUAUGUUUGGCAACAUACAUAAUGUUGUAUCAGUCUUGUAUGUCAACAUGCCUUUAGCAGAAUGUAAUAAAGGAUUGAAAAACUGAA